GUCCAAGUGACAGGAUUCAAUGACGCAUGAAAGCAGGCGAUUCAGGAAUCGAGGAAGCUCCCGGGUUCGCCUACUGAGUGCCACUGACGCAUGCGCCGUGGCCGCCUGAGAAACUUGAGCCUCUUCCCUGAUACAGUUGGAGUCGGUUUCACCCAGUGCCCUUGCAGGUGGGUGCGGGUGACACGCAGACCGAUGGGUGCGGUGUGACACGCCGGGUCUGCAACCAGACAGCCCGCGUGUGCCUUCCGCGGCGAUGAAGCAACACGGAGAAAGGGGCUCCACGUGGGGCCUGGACGGCAGCCUCAGAUCCGGCCGGGGGAGCCAUCUCCUCGUUGGGCAAUUCCGUGAAGCUGACUGCGUGGGGAAGGAGAGGAAUGAGGCGCAAGAUGAAGGAGAGAAGCAGGAGCCGGCCACGGCCUGUGAGCAGAGCUGGGCAGGCCUGUGAGCGGGACGCCCAGUGUGGGCCGGGCACCUGCUGCGCCGUCAGCCUGUGGCUCCGAGGCCUGCGGAUGUGCACCCCGCUGGGGCGGGAGGGAGAGGCAUGCCACCCCGGCAGCCACAAGGUCCCCUUCUUCGGGAGACGCCAGCACCACGCCUGUCCCUGCCAGCCCGCCCUGCUGUGCUCCCGGCGCGCCCCCGGCAGGCACCGCUGCUCCGCGGACUUGAAGGACUUGCACUUCUAGGAGCUCGUCUCGUCUCCGGACACCACCCGGCUCCUGGUCUCUUAUGAACUUUUAUUUUCUUUCUGCCACGUGUCCCUCCUUCUAGUCCCCCCACCCCCCCACCCCCCGCUGCCUGUCGACACGCCCGACACGCCUGCCUGCCUCCUCCGUCAGCACACACGGGCGCAGGCCGACACACUGCUGGGCCACCCACCGGGGGCCUGAGGGUGUCCCGCUGGGCCGUGGUCCCGGAGGCAGCCUGGCCGGUUCUCCGUCAGUCACAGGGGCUGUCAGUCUCAGGAAGGGUGUCCUUUCCUUGUCCCGGCCUCGCCCUCUGCUCCUCAGUGACGUGGCCUCCGGGGCCCUGCUCUCUCCUCCCUGCUUGCGCCCUCUGCCUGGUCCGGAUGUCCGAGCACAGACCCUGGGAGUCAUGGGUCCGGGCCUGACUCUUGUCUAAAACAGCAGCCCCACUUAGCACCCCACAUCUGGACCCAGGCCAGGCUCCCUGGGGUCAGGGCAGUGGUACCAGCGGCCGGGCACCCUGGUGGGCCGGUUGCAGAAUAAAAGCGUGGAUAAGGGCGGUGGCCAUGGUACCUGCGAUGCCUGUGUGGGACUUGGGAGUGGGACCGGGCUGUGUCCAGGUGGGACGGAUGCCCUGCGCCCCCGGAGCCAGGGCGGUUUCGUGGAGAAAGCGGAUUCAGGUCUUUGAAUGAGGAACGAGAGGCAGCUCGGUGGUCGCGGCUGUCUUAGAGCCGCAGAGGAGGCAGGGGUGCCCAUGGGCGCUUUGACACCCUGCCCGUGGCUGCCCCGCUCCAUCCCUGCCUGGGAGCUGCCAGAAUGCAGACCCGCCACUGGGCCGAACCAUCUGUAAUCUAACUGGACCAAUUCCCGCUUUUCAUGUCAGACCUUUGAGGAAUGUAUCAUUGGUCUCUGCCCCAGUUCCCCUGCUUUUUCCUGAAGAACAAAGAGGGGGGGGGCUGGGAGGCUAAGACAAGCUUAUUGUGUGAAUUCUUCAUAUUCAGGAAAAUAUUCUUCAUACAUGUAGAUGUAAAAAGAUUCUACUCAUACUAGUAAGUUGAAUCCUAUAUAAUAAAAGGCUAAUA